CUCUGGGAGCGCCAUAAAGGAAUGAUUCCGAGGGACGAAAGAAUUUUUUUCCCCUGAAGAUUGUGAUAAAGAUGUGUGAACUAAGGAUACUUGGAACACCUGCUCAAGCACUGGAUUUUGCCCAGCGACAUCUUAAAGGAAGCAGGCUGUGAGCCAAGGGGAAGGCAGAGGACAGAUAUGAGCGUGUCCCCAAGAUUUCCUGGUGGUUUAUGGCAUUCUCCAAACUCCUAUGCAAGGUCUGUGCCUGACCAAGAAGACCCAAGGAGACCUUCUCUAAAAUCAAGUCCGGAUGAAGAACUAAGAGAAAAAAAGUGAAUAUGGUUUUUGCUCACAGAAUGGAUCACAGCAAGCCACCUAUGGUUAUUCCUACACCUCUGGUGUCCCUCCAGAACCACAGCUGCACUGAAACAGCCACGCCUCUGCCAAGCCAUGACCUGAUGGAUUUAUAUGAGGAGCCCAACUGGAUGAGCAACAGAACAGACCUUCAAUAUGGACUGAAACCGGGGGAAGUGGCCACAGCCAGCAUUUUCUUUGGGGCUCUGUGGUUGUUUUCUAUCUUUGGCAACUCCCUGGUUUGUUUGGUUAUCCAUAGGAGCAGGAGGACUCAGUCUACCACCAACUACUUUGUGGUCUCCAUGGCCUGUGCUGACCUUCUCAUAAGYGUGGCCAGCACUCCAUUUGUCCUGCUCCAGUUCACCACUGGAAGGUGGACAUUGGGUACCGCAAUGUGCAAGAUGGUGCGAUACUUUCAAUAUCUCACUCCAGGUGUCCAGAUCUACGUUCUCCUCUCCAUCUGCAUUGACCGGUUCUACACCAUUGUCUACCCACUGAGCUUCAAGGUGUCCAGAGAAAAAGCCAAGAAAAUGAUUGCAGCAUCAUGGAUCUUUGAUGCAGCCUUUGUGACCCCCGUGUUCUUUUUCUAUGGCUCCAACUGGGACAGUCACUGUAACUAUUUCCUCCCUUCCUCUUGGGAAGGAACUGCUUACACUGUCAUCCACUUCUUGGUGGGCUUUGUGAUUCCAUCUGUCCUCAUAAUCUUAUUUUACCAGAAGGUCAUAAAGUAUAUUUGGAGAAUAGGCACUGAUGGCCGAACAGUGAGGAGGACAAUGAACAUUGUCCCAAGGACAAAAGUGAAAACAGUCAAGAUGUUCCUCAUUUUAAAUCUGUUGUUCUUGUUUUCUUGGCUGCCUUUUCAUGUAGUUCAGCUGUGGCACCCCCAUGAACAAGAUUUUAAGAAAAGUUCCCUUGUUUUCACAGCUAUCACAUGGAUAUCCUUUAGUUCUUCAGCCUCUAAACCUACUCUGUAUUCAAUUUAUAAUGCCAAUUUUAGAAGAGGGAUGAAAGAGACUUUUUGCAUGUCCUCAAUGAAAUGUUACCGAAGCAAUGCCUAUACUAUCACAACAAGUUCAAGGAUGGCCAAAAAGAACUAUGUUGGCAUUUCAGAAAUCCCUCCCAUAGCCAAAACUGUAACCAAAGACUCAAUCUAUGAUUCAUUUGACAGAGAAGCCAAGGAAAAGAAGCUUGCUUGGCCCAUUAACUCAAAUCCACCAAAUACUUUUGUCUGAUUUCUCAGAAUUCUUUCAAUUAUUGUUAUGUGUCAGAGAUUAAAAAGCUUUAACUAUAAAGACAAUUUUUUUACAUUUUUUUUUCACUCAGCUGAGUUAUUUUGUAAAAUGUACCCAUAUUGGUAAUACUUGUGGUUUUUAUUCUAGUUGCUUUUU